AUGCAGUAUCUAAAGCUACUCACAGUAUUACUCUGCCUUUUUCAAGUAGAAGGCAAAUUUCAAAAAUUAAAUUGUGAAGUUUUUAAAACAAGUUUUGGCGAGUUCAAGGAAUGUGAAAUCAAGGCUGUGAGCCGUUCCAAAAAUCUUAUUAAUAUACAAUAUAUAUUUAAAGACUCGUUAAAUCCCAGUUAUGUGCAAUUGUACUUUCUGAAACGUGGCAAUGGUUAUGGCUGGCAGCCCUUUCUCUAUAACAUUAAAUUUGAUUUUUGUGAUUUUCUUAUAAAGCGUCAACCCUUUAUGGCUAAUUUAAUUUACUCAUACAUUAAAUCGUAUGCAAAUUUUAAUAAUACCUGUCCCCAGCCUGGUUCACUGGUAAAAUUAACAAAUUUUGAUUUAAAUGUGGACACAUUACGAGAACGUUUUCCCAUUGAACAAGGUGAAUAUGGAUUGGUCGUCAAUUGGUUCACAAAAAACAAAAAGAUGUUCUCCAUUAAUGGUUCAAUUCUCUAUUCCGAUUACAAGGUGUAG